AUGCCUGCGCCUCCACCGAUGGACCCGGGGCCGAGCCGCGCCGAAUCCAGCGAGGCCGGGCUGGGCGAGUCAUCCAAGGUUGCAACCUCCAAGAUGAUCACGUCCGACCACGACUCGUUCGAGCUCAUCUUUAUGAUGCUCAUGGGCAUCCGCACUGCGGUGGGCAAGUUCGCGUCCAAGGAGCUGCCCGCCGAGAUGGGCCCCGCCGAGUUCAACCAGAAUUGGGAGGGCGACUUCCUCGCCUCUGGCACGCCCGAGACGCCUGCGCACAGCCACUCCGACUACCGCUUCAAGGAGUACUCGCCACUCAUAUUUCGGCAGCUGCGCGAGCGCUUCGGAAUCUCGUCGCAGGACUACAUGCUCUCGCUCACGUCGGAGUACGUGCUCGUCGAGAUGUUCACAAACUCCAAGUCGGGCUCCUUCUUCUUCUACUCGGCAGACUACCGCUUUGCGGCUUUUCUGAUGUCCGCGCUGCCCCCGUACCACCAGCACCUGAUGUCUCACCGGUUCACGCUGCUGUGCCGCUUCUUCGGGCUGCACCGCGUGCAGCAGCGGAGCGGCAAGGUCGUCUACUUCGUCGUGAUGGGCAACAUCUUCCCCAUCGACAAGCCGGUGCACGAGCGGCCCAGCGGGUGGGCGACAGCUGGCGCAACGGCGAAGCGGCCGGCGCGCACGUCGUGCCUCUUCUACAAGGAGCAGCUGCUACGGGAGCAGGCAGCGCGGCGGCCGGCGAGCGCGUCGGAGGAAGGCGCGUUGACGGUCGACAAGGAGGCGGCAAAGUAUGGCGAACGCGUUGGCGCGCAAAACUUCUCCGUCGUCGACCCCGUCCAGUAUUCAGCGCGGUUCCAAAACUUCCUCGCGGACGGCAUCGCCUGA